AUGUCUGCUGCCAGCUGUCUGCUGACUGAAGAUCAGUUUCUUUGCUCCAUCUGUCUGGAUGUGUUCACUAAUCCAGUCAGUACACCAUGUGGACACAACUUCUGCAAAAACUGCAUCACUGAGCACUGGAAUACUAAAGUGCAGUGCGACUGUCCAAACUGUAAAAAGGUUUUCUAUAGAAGACCUGAGCUGCAGGUCAACACUUUCAUCUCUGAGAUGGCUGCUCACAGCUCAGACCAACAAGCUGCCAAACCAGGAGAAGUUCCCUGUGAUGUCUGCACUGGAACCAAACUGAAGGCCCUGAAGUCCUGUCUGGUAUGUCAGGCCUCCUACUGUGAGACUCACCUGGCACCUCAUCUGACAAUGUCAGGUCUGAAGAGACAUCAGCUGAUCGACCCUGUGGAGAACCUGGAAGGCAGGAUGUGUACGAAGCACGAUAAACUGCUGGAGCUGUUCUGUAAGGCCGACCAGAUGUGUGUCUGCAUGCUUUGCGCCAUUUCAGACCACAAGACACAUGAUGUUGUUCCUCUGAAAGAAGAAUAUGAAGGAAAGAAGGCAGAGCUGGGGAAGACAGAGGCUGAAAUUAAGCAGAUGAUCCAGAAGAGACAACUGAAUAUUCAAGAGAUUAAACGCUCAGAGAAGCCCAGACAAAGAGAUGCAGACAUAGCGAUAGCACAUGGUGUUCAGGUCUUCACUGCUCUGAAGGAGUCUGUUGAGAGAGUCCAGGCUGAAUUCAUCAAGACAAUCAAAGAGAAGCAAAGAACGACAGAGAAAAAGGCUGAAGAUUUCAUUAAAGAUCUGAACCAGGAAAUCUCUGAGCUGAAGAAGAGAAGAUCUGAGGUAGAGCAGCUCUUACACUCUAAAGACCACUUCCAGCUCAUUCAAAGCUUCUCAUCCCUGAAUGUUGCUCCACCCACCAAGGACUGGACAGAGGUCAGUGUCCGUCCACCAUCAUAUGAGGGGACUGUGGUUAGAGCUGUGGCUCAACUAGAGGAGAUGAUCAGUAAAGAGACAAAGAACUUGUUUGAAGCUGAGCUGAUGAGGGUCCAACAGUAUGCAACAGAUGUGACACUUGAUCCUGAUACAGCAUUUCCCGGCCUAAUCCUGUCUGAUGAUGGAAAACAAGUCAGUGAUAGGGAUGAAGAAUAUUACGAUUGUUAUUAUGAGGGGAAGAAUCUCCCAGACAAUCCAGAGAGAUUUGAUAUUUGUGGUUGUGUCUUAGGAAAACAAAGUUUUUCUUCCGGAAGAUUUUACUACGAGGUUCAGGUUAAAUGGAAAACUGCUUGGGUUUUAGGAGUAGCCAGAGAGUCAGUCAACAGGAAGGGGAACCUCACACUGACUCCUCAGGAUGGUUACUGGACAAUAUCUUUGAGUAAUGAAAAUGUGUAUGAAGCUCUGACUGACUCUUCAGUCUGUCUCUCUCUGAAGUCAAAGCCUGAGAGGGUGGGGGUGUUUGUGGAUUAUGAGGAGGGUCUGGUCUCCUUUCAUGACGUUGACACUGCAGCUCUUAUCUACUCCUUUACUGGCUGCUCCUUCACUGAGAAACUCUACCCGUACUUCUGUCCUGAUUAUGACUAUGGUGGUUUAAACUCCUCCCCAUUGAUCAUCUGGCCUGAGCCUGACUUUGAUUAG